UGUACAAAAAAUCUCGCGGCCGUUGUAGCUUCUCUUAAUCCAAAUCAGCUUUUGUCUUUUUGUUGGUAGUCGUAGUUUUCUUCGCCUCUAGGUUUUAUUCGGUAUAUUUUGUCAAUCGAGCAUCGAGGGUCGGCCAUGGCUUCUUCUGCUUCUGCGAGGAAAGACGCGGAUCGGAUCAAGGGCCCCUGGAGCCCCGAGGAGGACGAGGCGUUGCAGAGGCUGGUCCAGAGCUACGGCCCCAGGAACUGGUCCCUCAUCAGCAAGUCCAUCCCCGGCCGGUCCGGCAAGUCCUGCCGCCUCCGCUGGUGCAACCAGCUCUCCCCGCAGGUGGAGCACCGCCCCUUCACCCCGGAGGAGGACGAAACCAUCGUCCGCGCCCACGCCCAGUUCGGCAACAAGUGGGCCACCAUCGCCCGCCUCCUCAACGGCCGUACCGACAACGCCGUUAAGAACCACUGGAACUCCACCCUCAAGAGGAAGUGCUCCUCCUCCAGCUCGGCCGGCGACGACGCCGACGCCCUCGCUGAGCAGCAGCCGCUCAAGCGGUCGGCCAGCCUCGGGGCGCCCGCGACCAACAACGCCGUCUCCGAUCUGUUCCUCAGCCCGAGCAGCCCCUCGGGAUCCGACCUGAGCGACUCGGGCUUGCCGGUGGGGAUGCCCUCGCCGCGCGUGUUCCGCCCCGUGGCGAGGACGGGGCCGAUCAUGCCCGCGCUGUCGGGCCAGCACGCCGACGCGUCAUCUUCGACCACCACGGAUCCCCCUACUUUGCUCAGCCUGUCUCUACCGGGGUCCGAUUCGGCUGAGGUCUCGAACCAGGGAUUGGCUUCCGGUUCCGUGCAGGCGUCCGACUCAAGAAGACCCAGCCCGAGCCUGUUCUCAGCUAGGAACCAGGCGAUGCCGCCGCCGCCGCCGCCGCCGAUGCCGAUGCCGAUGAUACCGAUUCAUCAUCAUCAGGGUCACCAGUGCAGCGAAGUGGGGAUUGAAGGGGCCGGGUACGAGAAGCAGUUCUUCAACGAGGACUUCAUGGCGGUGAUGCAGGAGAUGAUAAGGAAGGAGGUGAGGAGCUACAUGUCCGGGAUCGAGCAAAACGGCCUGCGUCUGCAGAGCGAGGCGGUUCGGAAUGCAGCUGUUAAGCGCAUCGGCGUUACCAAGAUCGACUGAAAAAAAGGAAAAUUUAGCAGAGAAAAAGAGUAGGAGGGGGCCAUCUCAACUUUUAUGCUGACGAUCAUCUUCCCUAAUGAUCGAAGAAGCACAACAAGAAUCAUCGGCUCUAGAGAGCGAGAGCGAGAGAGAGAGAGAAGGGAGAUCAGCCGUUCUUUUUUUUUUUUUUUUUUAAUUUUAGUCCAGCUUCUUUGUCUUUAAUCUUUCGUAGUUUCAUGUCAUCUUUUAUACAGAUGAUAAUAACUUGGGGGGGUUGGGUGGGUGGGGAGGAGGUUUUGUAUAUAUAAAGGACGAGGAGAAUGGAGGGGAGAGAGAGAGGGGCUUUGUCGGGGAGAGAUGGAAUGGUCGGGGGGGCGAACGAAGCCCAUGAAGAAGAAGGAAGAAGCAGCAGCAAACCACCAAGCAAAACGUAAUUUCUGGAUGUGAGGAACCCAAGAACAAAAACAGAGGGGAAAAAAAAAAAAGAAGAGACGAGAAAUAUUUCCAUGGAAAUUUUCCUUUUCCUUUC